CAUACUAACCUGAAUUAAAUACUCUAUCGACGUACCACUUAUUCGAAGCAUAGUAAACCUAACACGUGAAGAGUAACAACACCUCAGAAAAACAGUAAUGAAGCUAACGAAUGACGUUUAACUAGCGCCGGGAGGAUAGACCAGUACAGGAGGCCCCCUCGUUGGCUUCCUGCUUGAAUGUGAACGUUUGUGGAUUAAGGUUAUUAAGCAUGGCUCGGUAUUUGCUGCGAACUGCAUUGCCUGGGCUGUCUAACCAUGUUAGUUCAUUAGCGCAACGAAGAAUAAUAUCUGUCUGCCGUGUGAGGGGAGCCUGUCAGGGUUGUGCUGGUCAUAUUUUCAGAAGUCUGUCAGCAGCGGAGAUCCCUUUUGUUAGGCAGCACCAGAACCAUACUACAUUAUGCAGUUCGUUGAAGCAGUUGUACAGUACGCAGACUGCUGAAAGCAAAGAGGAAGAGCCUUUGCAUAGCAUCAUUGAAGAAACUGAGAAUGUUCAAGGUUCUAUCUCCAAACAUGAGUUCCAGGCAGAGACCAAGAAACUUCUGGACAUUGUAGCACGUUCACUGUACUCUGAAAAAGAGGUGUUCAUUCGAGAGCUAAUUUCUAAUGGAAGUGAUGCUUUGGAAAAGCUACGUCAUAAAUUGGUGUCUGAGGGGAAAUCUGUCUGUGACAUGGAAAUUCAUCUGCAAACAGAUACAGCAAAGGGAACCUUUACUAUCCAGGACACUGGGAUUGGAAUGACUAAAAACGAACUAAUUGCUAACCUGGGAACCAUUGCCAGAUCAGGAUCCAAGGCAUUCCUGGAUGCCUUGCAGAACCAGGCUGAGACCAGUAGCAAGAUAAUUGGUCAGUUUGGGGUUGGAUUUUACUCUGCGUUUAUGGUUGCUGAUAAAGUGGAGGUCUUUUCUAAGUCUGCUGAAGAAGAUUGCCAAGCAUUUAGGUGGACAUCAGAUGGAUCUGGGACAUACGAGUUAGCAGAAGCCGGAGGUGUGAAGACAGGAACCAAAAUCAUCAUCCAUCUGAAACCAGAAUGCAGGGAGUUUGCCACUGAAGACAGGGUUAAAGAUGUUGUGACCAAAUACAGUAACUUUGUCAGUUUUCCUAUCUUCCUGAAUGGAAGGCGACUCAACACUUUGCAGGCACUGUGGAUGAUGGAGCCCAAAGAUAUAAGUGAAUGGCAACACGAGGAGUUUUACCGAUAUAUAGCACAGGCUUAUGAUAAGCCACGAUACAUACUUCACUACAAAACCGAUGCUCCUCUCAACAUUCGAAGUAUCUUCUAUGUACCGGAGACUAAGCCAUCUAUGUUCGACGUCAGCAGAGAGAUGGGAAGCAGUGUAGCCCUGUAUAGCCGCAAAGUUCUGAUCCAAACAAAAGCAAGUGACAUCCUUCCCAAAUGGCUGCGCUUUUUGAGAGGUGUUGUUGACAGUGAAGAUAUUCCUUUGAACCUCAGCCGAGAACUGCUUCAAGAGAGUACUCUUAUUAGGAAACUCAGAGAUGUACUUCAGCAACGGAUAAUCAAGUUCUUUGUGGAUCAAAGUCGGAGAGAACCUGAAAAAUAUGCCAAGUUCUUUGAAGAUUAUGGACUGUUCAUGAGGGAAGGAAUAGUGACUUCGGUAGAGCAGGAUGUCAAGGAAGACAUUGCAAAACUGCUGAGAUUUGAAUCUUCUGCAUUACCAGAAGGCCAGCUGACCAGUUUGACAGAGUAUGGUAAUCGAAUGAAACCAGGAACACGCAGCAUAUAUUACCUGUGCUCACCAAACCGGCAUCUUGCUGAACAUUCCCCGUACUUUGAAGCCAUGCGACAAAAGAAUAUGGAGGUUCUGUUUUGCUAUGAGCAAUUUGAUGAGCUGACGCUGCUCCACCUGCGAGAAUUUGACAAGAAGAAACUCAUCUCUGUGGAGACUGACAUUGUGGUUGAUCAGUAUAAAGAAGAGAAGUAUGAAGACCCACGACCAGUUUCAGAGCGGCUCACCAGUGAAGAAGCAGAAAACCUUAUGGCCUGGAUGCGGAAUGCACUUGGAACACGAGUUGUCAAUAUCAAGGUUACUCCACGACUUGACACUCAUCCCGCCAUGAUCACAGUUCUAGAGAUGGGAGCAGCACGACACUUCUUGCGUACCCAGCAGCUGACGAAGGAUACUGCAGAACGUGCACAGAUCCUGCAGCCCACGCUAGAAAUUAACACAGGCCAUGCUCUGAUUAAGAAGUUGAAUGAAUUAAAAGACUCAGAUCCUGAACUUGCACAACUUUUGAUUGAUCAGAUUUAUGAUAAUGCUAUGAUAGCAGCGGGACUGAGUGAAGACCCAAGACCCAUGGUUUCUCGCCUUAAUGAAUUACUUACAAAAGCUUUGGAGAAACACUAGGAACUUUUACUUGUUUAUCUCAGUGGGGGUGAUUAAGAUUAUGCAGAAUAUUUAUCGUAACCAGUUGCAGAAAAAAAAAGAGAUGGAGGCACAGACUUUACACAGAUGUUCUUUAGCCACUACACAUUGAAAUUGCUGGCUUAGUUUUCUCUGGUUCUGAAAUCACUUGCUGAUCAGAUUGCCUCUGUCUUGCAAUCUCUCAGACCCAAGAAUGAUGCCUCUUAGAAGGGGUAAGAAGCUAAAAUAAGUCCAUGUUAUUUCAUACUGAAGAUGAGUUCCAGAAAAAUGUCCACAAAUCAAAUAUGUCUGUUUUCCUGUCACCCAUCAAUUAUUUUUGUAUUCCUAUAUCAGUGUCUGUAAUUUAAUAUUAAUUAACAUUGCUGUUACUAUAUGUUAUGGCAUUAAAACAUGAGCAUUGUUCAGUCAGCUUUUAUAUGAAUGAAACUGAUUUGUAAAUUUGUGUAUAAACUUUAAAACUUCAUUGAAGCUUUGUUUUGUUUUUAUAUUUUUUUUGUUCAAUUUAGUAAACUAAUGCACAGGGAAGUCCUUCAUAUGCUCUACCUUUGUGGAAACAGACUAAGUAAUGGCUUAGUCCACCAAAUUUUUCAAUUUCUUUUCUGUUGAAUAAAUAAGCGACCCUUGUCAAAUCAUAA